UAUUCGUAAAAGUUUUAUAAAACUGUCUUUCCUUCACCUCACAGCCACGCACUGCCCUGGUUUGGUCUGUGGUGGAAAUGUGACAAGAUGUGAAGACGUUUAACAGGAGAACUGAAGCUGCAUCUUCAGGUUGUGUCAGUGUUGCUCGGCCUCUGUGAGACAGUGGUGCAGCAGUGUGUGUUUCAGUGUCUCUGCCUGUUUUCCCCUCAUCUCUCGGAACUUUCCCACAUUAAACACUUGGACCAUAAAAGGACACACAAAUCUUCUUCCUGCGCCUGAAUCAGCAGUUCAAGCCGAGGAGGAGCUCCGCAUGGCCCCGGCAGGAGCCUGCCAGCCCGUCCGAAGACCCCAGACCGUCCCGAAUUUGUCCGAAUGGAUUCAAACGGACCCGAACCUCCACCUGCAGCUGCACAGCUCGCGCCUCCCGCUCAAACUGAGCUCCGCACGAGCGCUCAGCUCAGCCCGGAGAUUUAACCGGAAAGAGAAGCUGCUAAUUUCUCUGUUUUUACAACUUUUCAUCCAAACGUAUUUAUAAAGUAACCGAACCGGUGCGGUUUGGACUCUAAAAACAUAUUUAAACAGCUGUUUUCCCCUGACUGGAUCAAAGUAAGUCCAGCUUUUACCGGCAGUAACCAUUCAUUUAUAUUUAAAUAUCUGAUCGCUUCUCAGCAUGAGUCUGUGGACCAACGGCUCCCUGACGGACCCGUUCUCCCAGGACUUCAACUCCUCCUCCAACCGGACCGAGCACCCGAACACACCCGCCGCGGACUUGGACCUGAGCCGGGCGGUGCCGGUGGGCAUGGUGCUGGCCUCCUUCAUCAUGUUCGCCAUCGUGGGGAACAUCCUGGUCAUCUUGUCGGUGGUCUGUAACCGACACCUGCGGACCCCCACCAACUACUUCAUCAUCAACCUAGCCAUGGCGGACCUGCUGCUGAGCACCACCGUGCUGCCGGUGUCCGCCACCCUGGAGGUUCUGGGUUACUGGGUGUUUGGUCGAAUCUUCUGUGACAUCUGGGCGGCAGUGGACGUCCUGUGUUGCACGGCGUCAAUCAUGUCCCUCUGUGUCAUCUCUAUUGACCGAUACGUUGGCGUCCGCUACCCGCUGCAAUACCCGAUGGUCGUCACCAAGCGGCGUGCGCUGCUGGCCAUGCUGGGCGUCUGGAUCCUGUCCUUCGUCAUCUCCAUCGGGCCGCUGCUGGGCUGGAAGCAGCCACCAUCACAGGACGACACGGUGUGUCUGAUCACAGAGGAGCCGUUCUACGCUCUCUUCUCCUCCCUCGGUUCCUUCUACAUUCCUCUGGCCGUCAUCCUGGCCAUGUACUGCCGAGUGUACGUGGUGGCCAAACGCACCACCAAGAACCUGGAGGCCGGCAUGAUGAAGGACCGGGCCGAGGACUCCAACGAGCUCACCCUGAGGAUCCACUGCAAGAACCAGCAGAUCCAGGACCUGUGCGCGUCCUCUAAAGCAGGAGGGGUCGGGGCUUCGGCUGGACGCAACACGCUUACCGUCAAGCUGCUCAAGUUCUCGCGCGAGAAGAAAGCUGCCAAGACGCUGGGCGUGGUGGUGGGCAUGUUCAUCCUCUGCUGGCUGCCCUUCUUCCUGGUUCUGCCAAUCAGCUCGUUUAACAGCAGCCUUCGUCCUCCUGAGACCCUCUUCAAAGUCAUUUUCUGGUUGGGGUAUUUCAACAGCUGCCUGAACCCCAUCAUCUACCCGUGCUACAGCCGUGAGUUCAAACAGGCCUUCAUCCGGAUCCUGCGCUGCCGCUGGAAGACCAAGCGUCAGGGCUGGCCGGCGUACUACAACUACCGCUGCCAGCAAGGGUCAAACACCUCGUCUUUCCUGAAUGGCAGCCAGCAGACGCUAUCCUCUGUCAGCCACAGUCCCUGCUUUGUCUCCACCAAGCUCCGCCCCCUGCCGUGGCCCUCCUCCGGCAAACACCCGCUCCCCGGCUCGGCAGCGAGACCAAGUCCGGGUCCUCUGUCUCCGCUCACAAAGGAUGCUGGGAUGGCACGGGGAGGAGCGAUGGCAGGGCGAGGAGUGAACAGUGUGAGCCUAAACAGAGAAGAAGAACGACACCAAGGAAACGCCCUCUGAGCUGAGACGCAUCUGCUGCUUACAGGAAGUGAUGUCAUAUACACGCACCAUGACCUGUUGACCAAUCAGGUGGCAGGAGGCGGUGCUCCUCACCUUCACAGGAACAUACACAGAGUAGAGGCUGACAUUUUUUCGGGAGUCCGACGGGUCGGACGGGAAACAGCGUCAGUAAAGAUCACGUAAAUAAAAAAUGAACGGGAGCAGACGGGAGCGGGAGCUAACCAAUAGGAGGGAAAAUAAACUAGGAUCAAUUAUCUUUGGAAAUGUAAAACUGAGACUUUGUUAU